AGCGCCGGGGAGGGACUUCACACAUGUGGAAAAGGAAUAACUGUUGCACUCAGCUGCCCCUCGCUCCUUCUCUCUCUCUCUCUCCCUCUACUCCCCCCUCUCUCUCCCUCUCUUUCUCUCUCUCUCCGGGAGCGAUCGGGGUCUUUUGGGGGCAGCGCAGACACAGACACCUGCACCCUCACGCGUAAAGCGGUCCAAACUUUACGCACAAGGAAAGUCUCCGUGAAGUAGCAUCCCGCGUGCAUUUGGCCUUGGAGAUUUGCAGUAGGAGACUGUAAUGUUGGGCAGUGGGAAGACACCGGCCGCCGGUCCCGGGGAGCAGCGGGGGAACGCGGCGGAGAAGACGGCUGACCACAUGAAGAGGCUCGGGCUUCUGGACAAUGAGGACAUCCGUGUGAUGAUGCAGGGCUGCAGCAUGGUCAAGGUUCGCUCCUCCAGGUGGAAGAAGAGCCGGAACCUGCGGCUGCUGGAGGACGGACUCACCGUCUGGUGCGAGUCCACCAAGAGCUCGCGAAAGGCCCAGGCCCGGCAGACGUUUGCAGUGACGGAGGUGGAGUGCGUGCGCGAGGGCUGCAAGUCGGAGGCCCUGCGGCGGCUGUCCGGGUCGGUGCCGGAGAACCAGUGCUUCACGGUGGUCUUCAGGGGAGCCAGGAAGAGCCUGGACCUGCUGUGCCCCUGCGAGGACGACGCCCAGCGCUGGGUGCGAGGCCUCCGCACCCUGAAGGAGCGCGUCGCCAACAUGACUCAGAAGGAGAAGCUGGACCAUUGGAUCCGAGGCUACCUGAGGCGAGCGGACCAGAACCAGGACGGGAAGAUGAGCUACGACGAGGUGAAGUGGCUGCUGCAGAUGAUCAACAUCGACCUGAGCGAGCAGUACGCCCGCUCCCUGUUCAAGCGGUGCGACCGAUCAGGCGACGGCCGCCUGGAUCACAUCGAGAUCGAGGAGUUCUGCAGGGAGCUGCUGCGGCGGCCCGAGCUGGACGCCGUGUUCAGGCACUACUCCAGUAACGGCUGCGUGCUCUCCACCGCCGAGCUGCGAGACUUCCUGGGAGAUCAGGGAGAAGACGCCUCGCUGAAUCACGCCCAGAGCCUGAUCCUCACCUACGAGCUGAAUGACUGGGCUCAGAAGAACCUGUUCAUGACCCAGAACGGUUUCACCAUGUACAUGCUGUCCCGGGAGAACGACGUCUUCAACCCCGACCACGCCAGGGUCCACCAGGACAUGAGCCGCCCGCUGUCCCACUACUUCAUCUCCUCCUCGCACAACACCUACCUCACCAAGGACCAGGUCACCGGCGCCAGCAGCACCGAGCCCUACAUCAGAGCUCUGAAUCAGGGCUGUCGCUGCGUGGAGCUGGACUGCUGGGACGGAGACAAAGGCGAACCGGUCAUCUACCACGGCCACACUCUCACCUCCAAGGUGCCCUUCAAGGAGGUCAUCGAGACCAUCGCUCAGUACGCCUUCAAGGCGUCCCCGUACCCGAUCGUCCUGUCCCUGGAGAACCACUGCUCUGUCGAACAGCAGGCCGUCAUGGCCAAACACCUCCGCACCAUCCUGGGCAGGAAGCUGCUCACCAAGCCGCUCAGCGACCAGCCUCUGAGGGAGCUGCCUUCUCCCGAGGACCUGAAGGGGCGGAUUUUGGUGAAAGGGAAGAAGCACACGCCUCAUCUGAGCCAGCUGGGCAAGACCGGCAGCUCGGCCAGCUUCUCCUCCAGCUCUGAAGACGAGCUGGCCAGCAGCACUAAGAGCACGCCCAAGAAAGAACCUGCCAAGGUCUGUGCUAAGCUGAGCCCCGAGCUGUCGGAGCUGGUGGUGUACUGCAGGAGCGUCCCUUUCCGCGGGUUUGGAAGCGUGUCCGAAUUACCGCCAAAUGAAAUGUCCUCCUUCUCUGAAAGCGACGCCCUCAGGCUCAUCAAAGACUCGGGGAAGCUUUUUGUAAGACACAACAGCAGGCAGCUGAGCCGGAUCUACCCCUCUGGCCAGCGCCUCCAAUCAUCCAACUAUGAUCCCCAGGAAAUGUGGAAUGGAGGCUGCCAGAUGGUGGCUCUGAACUUCCAGACAGCCGGGGAGCAGAUGGACCUGAACCAGGGCCGCUUCCUCCCCAACGGCCGCUGCGGCUACGUCCUCAAACCCAGCUUCUUGUGCAGCCCCACAUCCAACUUCAACCCGGAGAACACGGGAGGGGGGCCGGGGCACAUCCCCACCCAGCUGACCAUACGGAUCAUAUCUGCACAGCAGCUGCCCAAAAUUAACACAGACAAAAUGAGCUCCAUCGUGGAUCCACAAGUGUGGGUGGAGAUUCACGGGGUGGCGAUUGAUAACACCAGAGACAAAACACAUCGCAUCGACAACAACGGUUUCAACCCGCGGUGGGACUGCACCCUGAGCUUCCAGCUGCAGGUCCCUGAGCUGGCCCUGGUGCGCUUCGUGGUGGAGGACCACGACCACACGGCCAAGAACGACUUCGUGGGCCAGUUCACUCUGCCUUUCACCAGCGUGCGCACAGGUUAUCGCCACGUUCACCUGCUGAAGGCCGACGGGUCCAGCCUCUCGCCCGCCACGCUCUUCAUACACGUGAAAGUGGCCCGCAAAGGAGUUCCCGUCAAGACGGUGUCCGAGCGCAUGGCGGCCGCCAAGGGCAAGGCGUGACAGGCGCGUGAGGCGGGCGGAGAGCUCCAUGUUCAGACAGCAGAGGACUCUGGAUGAAGAAGAGGGGAGAAACGCCACUGCUGCCGCCAGAGUCCCAGUAGAGACCUCCAGCGGUCGACUUCCCCCUUCAGGAGGAGAGAUGCUUCACCUGGACACACAGAUGCCGUGGAGCAGGAAGUGCUCUGUUCAGCGUUCAACACUGUAGAAACAAGACAGUGUCCAUGAUGGUUCAAGAAUCCCUCCGACUGGAGGCACUUUGAAACAUUUACAUUAGAGGAAAGAUGUGUUAUUCAAUCUUUACAUCACGUUGACUUGACAAUUAGUAUUAUAACAUAUUUUAUACUGAAGUUUUUGGUUUUUAACUUGAAUAAUGAGGAUAGUUUCACUACAAACUUGCACUUAAAUGACUGACAUGUUGACAGAUAUAACUAUUUGUCUUUAAAACAGAUAACCACAGCUGUUUCUGACAUCUUAACUCUAACUGUGAAGUGCUUUGUUGAUAUUUAAUACGUCCACAGACAAACACAGUACUCAUCCGUUUUAGUCUUACUUCAUGUUCCGAGUACUUUGGCACUUUUAAACUCUCUCAAAUGGCAGUAGGAUGCCGCAACUUACAAAUGAACUUGAAAAACAGGCAGUAUUCAUAAACACGUGUAUGUUUACCUAUGCGUUUCAGAAAAGUCGCCUCAGCAAACAUAAGCUGUUUUGUUGAACUGGGUUGGAUCUGCAUGGAGGCUGCUCGACUCUUGUCUUGACAGUUAUAGUUUUUAUUUGUUUCUACUCCCUCCUGACAUUCAGCUUCUAGAAAAGUGUUGAACGCACUUUAGUAUAUAUUGCUGCAAUCUAAUACAACCACUAAUUAUUAGAGGCUACAGUGAAGGACUUUAAACACUUGUAAUGGUGUUAAUUGAUAGUAAAAAGCAUUCAGAAGUGAAAGGUGAUGCGCAGAUGUCGCUGUAAUUUUAGCUUGUGAUAUGGAGGUUUAAUGUGGAACUAAUGGUUGCAGUGUUGAAGCUCAUUGCUCGUGAGGCGCGAAUGUGAAUUUGUAAUACGCGAGCAAGAGAAAUAUCUGUUUUUAUAAAGCACUAAUGACCCA